GUGCAGACCCUGAAUUGGGACACAGCCUAAGUACGCACGCAGGAGCUUUCUGAUUGGUUCUCACCUCCGUCGCUCUAUUGAUGAUGUCCUUCCUGUUCACCCUAAGAACACGUGUAGGGUGUACAUUUUCGAGCUGAGGGGAAUAACGGCAACAAAACAUCGCCGUUCAGACACCUUCGUAUUUUUUUUUCUGUGGAAGGCUUUACCGAGUAAGAGGGCAACAUGGUGAAGACACGGUACAAGGGGAAAAGCUCAAUAAACCCCUCAACAUCCAGCAGCAACCCCGAUCGAGCCAAAGGUGCUGGUGGAAACAACAUGAGGGACCGAGCCACUAUCAAGCGCCUGAAUAUGUACAGACAAAAACAAAGAUGUGAUAGCCGUGGAAAAGUCGUCAAACCUUUACAGUACCAGUCCACAGUAGCUCCGGGAACUGUUGCCAGAGUUGAACCUAACAUCAAAUGGUUUGCAAAUACCCGUGUGAUCAAGCAGUCAUCCCUCCAGAAAUUCCAGGAGGAGAUGGAGGCAGUAAAGAAGGAUCCAUAUCGUGUGGUGAUGAGACAAAGCAAAUUGCCUAUGUCCCUUUUGCACGAUAGAGUCAAAGCCCAUAACUCUAAGGUUCACAUUCUAGACACGGAGGGUUUUGAGAACACUUUUGGACCUAAGGCUCAAAGGAAGAGGCCCAGUCUUGUUGUGGGCGAUGUCAAGGACCUUGUAGAGCAAGCUGAGGCCUCAGCCCUAAGUUAUAAUGCAGAAAAUGACAAAGACCUGGUUACCGAGGACACAGGGGUCCGGGCGGAAGCACGUGAGGAGAUUUUCAAAAAGGGUCAGUCCAAGAGAAUCUGGGGAGAACUUUACAAGGUGAUUGACUCAUCUGAUGUCAUCAUCCAAGUGCUGGAUGCCCGAGAUCCUAUGGGAACACGGUCUAAGAGCAUUGAAACGUAUCUAAAGAAAGAGAAAUCCUGGAAACAUCUGAUCUUUGUUCUAAACAAGUGUGACCUUGUGCCCACCUGGGUCACGAAACGUUGGGUGGCUGUUCUGUCUCAAGAAUAUCCCACUUUGGCUUUCCACGCCAGCCUCACAAACUCAUUUGGUAAGGGCUCUCUCAUCCAGCUGCUCAGGCAGUUUGGCAAGCUCCACACAGACAAAAAACAAAUAAGUGUGGGUUUCAUUGGAUAUCCAAAUGUUGGAAAAAGCUCGAUCAUCAACACUCUGAGGUCAAAGAAGGUUUGCAAUGUUGCACCCCUCGCUGGAGAAACGAAGGUGUGGCAGUACAUCACUUUGAUGAGGCGCAUCUUCCUCAUUGACUGCCCUGGUGUUGUCUACCCCUCAGAAGACAGUGAAUCUGAUAUUGUUUUGAAAGGAGUAGUUCAAGUGGAAAAGAUCAAGAACCCAGAGGAGCACAUCGGUGCAGUACUGGAGCGGGCCAAACCAGAAUACAUUCAGAAGACCUACCGCAUCCCUACUUGGAACUGUGCUGAUGACUUUCUUGAGAAACUGGCGUUUCGCACAGGGAAACUUUUGAAGGGCGGUGAGCCAGAUCUCGCCACAGUCUCUAAAAUGGUAUUGAAUGACUGGCAGAGAGGACGUAUCCCCUUCUUUGUGAAACCCCCUGGACCUGAAGGAGAUCAAGAGGAUGAGAAGCCACUGCCAGUUGCAGGACCGUCGGAGGUAGUAGAGCAUGUACAGAAGGAACAACCAGACAAUCCGGACGCCAUCUCAGAGGAACGUGAGGAAGAACAGCAGAGACAGAAGGAACAGGUCCAGAAGAUUCUGGCUAAUGUCAGACAAAACUUUGGCAAAAUCAGUGUGGCUCCAGAGUUCAGCGAGGAAGACUUAGUUCCCAUGGACAUGCCUGAUCUGGACAUGUCAGAUUUUUCUGGCUCUGAUGGUGAGGAAGAUGAGGGCACAGAGGAAAACGAAGGCAAAGAGGAAGAUGCGACAAGCGUUGAACCAGCUGAUGAAGUGACUGACAUCUCUGAGCCCACAACCUCUCAGACUGAAAAGACAAACGGCAGCAAGAGUUCACGGAAGGUCAUACGUGAGCUGGAUGUGAAAAUCGCCAAGUACAAGCAGUUUCUGGACCGAGCCAAAUCCAAUCGCUUCUCUGCAAUCCGGAUACCUAAGGCGCUUUCUGACAAAGUGUUCACAGACAUCAAGACUAAACAGUCAGCAGCGACUAAGCAAGCACAGAAGAAAGCUCCAAACCAGAGGGGUAAAAAGAGGAAAGCUGAGGAGGGUGAGGACCUGGCCCAGCCGAACAGACUCACGUCUAAACAGAGAAGAGCAAUGGAUCGUGCUCAGAGGACGAAGAAAGUUGGCGUACGUUAUUAUGAAACUCACAAUGUGAAGAACAAGAACAAGAACAAAAAAAUCCCAGCAUCAGGCACAGAAGGUCAAAAUACCAAGAAAUCGAAGCACUAGACUGGAGUUGAAUAAAAUAAAACACACAUGUAAGAAAUAUGUAUCUAAAUUAGCCUGAAGCUAUUUUUAUUGGGAUAAAAAAAAGGUUGGCAGAAGGUGGAACACUAAGGUGGUCUUAAUCAACUUGAUGCCUUAUCUUCAUGACUGUUGUAACUUUGUCCCCUCAGUGCAGAACUGUAUUUGAAUGACAUUUCAUUCAUCAUAUACAAGUGUACUGCUCUCUUGACGUUCAAGAGCAAUGUGCAGUAGUUGUUUGAAGUGUACUUGUUAUGCCAGGACAAUAAAACAUUUGUAAAUUA